CAGAGGCGGUGACAGGGGCGGAGCGGUGGCGCUGGCCGCGGCUGUGCGGGUCGGAGCCUACGGCCGCCGCAGCCCAGCCCGGCCCGGCCCGGCCCGGCCGCGCUCGGGGGGACCCGCGGCCGAGCGGGGGCCGAGCGGGGCCAUGCGGGGCCGGGCUCCGCUCCGCUCCCUCCCGCUCCUGCUGCUCCUGCUGCUGCUUCUGCUGCUCCUGCUACUGGGCUCGGCCGCAGAAACUUCUCCCUAUUUACCAGCCCCCCAAAAUGUGGAGGUUUAUUCCUACAACUUCCAGAGUUUGCUGAGGUGGUCUCCUGUUCCAGUGGAGAAUGGCACAGUGUUAUACACAGCCCAGUACAGAACCAGAGGGUCCUAUCCUGUCUGGAGUGAGAUGGGCUGUGCCCAGAGCCCCCAGCCCCAGUGCUGGUUCCCUCCCGAGCUGCGGCGGCGGCGGCGCUGGACGAUCCUGCUGCGCGUGCGGGCCCAGCUGGGCACCCUGGCAUCAGCCUGGGCAUACAGCCCUCCCUUCGUGGCAGAGAGCAACACCACUCUGGGUCCCCCCAGGGUGACCAGUGUCAGUGCCAGCCCUGGCUCUCUGCUCAUCAGUGUCAGGCCCCCCUUCCAGCCCGAGCCUGGGGACAUCCUCCAGUACCGUGUGUCCUACUGGGAGAACAGCACCAGUGCCACAGCAAAACAGAAGCUAAGUGAAAGCAAGACACUAUUCCAGAUUGGAAAUCUGAAGGAGGCAACACUUUAUUGCUUCAGUGUUCAAGUGCAGCUGGAGAUCUACUCAGGUCACCUGCUGGAAGGGCAGCCAAGUGCCCCAGAGUGCCACAGAACUGCCCUCAGUGAGGCAACCCGGGCUGGGUUCAUCAUCCCCCUCUUUGUCCUGGCCUUGGUCCUUGCCAAUCUGGGGGCAGCUGCUUUGCUGUUCCUGUGGAAACACCACCAAAAAAUCAAACACUGGGCUCAGCCCCCUCUGGAAAUCCCAUCCCACUUCAAGGAGUUCCUGAGGGACCCUGGCUUGGCUGGCCUGGAGGAGCUGGACAGUCCUGCUGAGGAGGAGCCCCAGGCCCUUGUGCUUGGAGAGGGAAGUGGCCAGGAGGGUGAGGAUCCUUCACCCCACACCUCCAGGGACAGGGCAGCCACUCAAGGGCCACCCCAGUGAGUGUCACCUGCCCAGCACUGUCCAGAGGCUGCUCCCGUGGUGAGGCUGCUGCCAGGAGAGUCCUGAACAUGAACCCCUGGGAUCAGAGGAGAAUCCUGAACAUGAACCCCUGGGAUCAGAGGAGAAUCCGGAAUGUGAACCCCUGGGAUCAGAGGAGAAUCCGGAAUGUGAACCCCUGGGAUCAGAGGAGAAUCCGGAAUGUGAACCCCUGGGAUCACAGGAGAAUCCUGAACAUGAGCCCCUGGGAUCACAGGAGAAUCCUGAACACAGAGCCUGGAUCACAGGCCAAUCUCUGGGAUCACAGGACAGUCCCUGGGAUCACAGGACAAUCUCUGGGAUCACAGGACAGUCCCUGGGAUCACAGGACAAUCUCUGGGAUCACAGAACCUCUCUGGGAUCACAGGACCUCCCUGGGAUCACAGGACCAUCCUGAACACAGACCCUGAUGCUCCAGGGGCCUCUGCCCAGCUCCUCACUCUGCCAAGAGCUCUGGGAGGAGGGAAGGAGGAAGGGGAAGGAACACUAAAUUGCCUGAAGCCAGGUGGAUGAAAGGGGUGAAUUCCCACCCCAGCUUGGAGGAAUGACUGCACUUUAUUGAUGUGGGGUGAGCUGGGAUUUUUCAGGGAGUGAAGAGCUGCAAUGUGAAUUCCCUUUGUUCUGUUUGGUUUCUGUGGCAAUAACACUCCCAUCAUUCCACCCCAGUCUGCUCUCCUGAAUCAUUUUAGGUGCAGGGCAAAGUAAAAAGGAGUUUGUGGGUACUUUCCUGGGAUGAAGCUGUGCCAAGAGCCCCUCCCAGAGAGGGCUGCUCUUAUCUGCCUCCUCCCAGCCUCCUGGAAGCUUUAAUCUGCUGCUGCAGCCAGGCCAGGGCCCUGCCCACCACAAAGGACCUGGAAGGAAUUUUACUCCGAGUUUUCCCAACAUUUAUCAGUCACUGUCAGACACUAAAACCUCCUGCUGAGCACCAGCAGAAGAGAAGCUGACUGAGAGUUCUGGUUUUAGUGCCUUAAAGCAGAAGAGCCCAAGUUAAACCCCCCAUCAGCCCCUGGGGGGUCUGGAGUGUCCAAUAAAGCACAAAGAACAAGUGAACCUCUUCUAUACUAAAAAAUGGGGUUAUUUGGGUUUUUUCUCCCUGGGGUUUGAUACAAAUUGUGUAAGAAACAAUAAAAAAUGUGGUCUUUUUUUCAAAGUGCCUGGUUGGAGGGCCCUGACAGAGCAGAGGUGCCACUGUCCCAGCCUUUCCAGGAACAGCCCAAGCCAGCAGCUGCCAGAAGCUUCAGCAGGUGUUCCCUUGCAGAACAGAUCUGAUCCCUUGGGAUUAGCCAGGCUGCUGCCAAGGGAGCUCCAGGAAAGCCUGACUCAUGUAGGAACUGCCAGGUCAGCACCAGCUCUGCUUUAACCACCCACUGAGGCUGGGCUGGGAACAGAGCUCACAAAAAGGAACCACCAAACUCACCCAGAAGGCAGAAACAAGGAUAAACCCCCUGGGAAUAUCUGUGUGUAUUCCUGACUAAUCCUGCACUGGACUCGUGGCAGGGAGGGUGGUGGUGAAUCUUUGUACACCAGCAAUGAAAAAGCAUUUCCUGGGAGUGACUCUGGGGUGGUUGGCACUGAGCCCUCGCUGUCCCCUUGUGAGGUGUGGAAGUGCCCUCUGGCACUGGGAGCCAUUCCCUGGCUCCUGUCCCUCUGUCCUUGUCCCCAGUCCCUCUGCAGCUCUCCUGGAGCCCCUUCAGGCCCUGCCAGGGGCUCUGAGCUCUCCCUGGAGCUGCUCCUCUCCAGGUGAGCACCCCCAGCUCUCCCAGCCUGGCUUGCAGUUCAAGUUCCAAGUGCAGGCACAAGCUCCUGGCACUGGGAGCAGUUCCAGGGAUUAAUUCCAGCCCAGGCUCCUUCCUGACUUCCUCAAGAACCCAACAACCCUUCCCAAGCUCCUGGGCAAGAAAGCUGUCAGGCCAGGACCAAGGCCUGCCUUUACUGUGUGGUGCAGGCCCUGUGCCAGGGUGAGCUGUACAAAAUUCCCUGUUUUGAGCACCUGGGUUCACUUUUAUUGGAGCUUUCAGGAAUCCCAAGCAGUGAGCCCCCUGGGAUGGGGUCACUGCAGCCAGGGCACAAGGGCAGCUCCAAGCUGGCCCCAGCUCCUGCCCCUGCAGCAGUGACAAACAGCUCCCAGCCCCAGCACAGCAUUUCCACUCUGCUCCUGGCACCACUGAGGCAGCAGCGUGGAUGGGGGGAAGGUGUAAAAGCCUUGGGAGCCAGGGCAGAGGCAAAUGCUGUGAAAAGCACAGAGAACUCGUGAGAAGGACUCACCCCAGCAAAUGGGGCUGCAGGGACACUCCAGGGACAUCAAACAGCCUCAGCCUCACUUUCUGUUUCACUCCACUGAGAUGAAACUGGAUUUCAAUAAUUCAUUAAUGGAAACAGCCAUAAAAUGUAAGAGAGAAAUGCAUUUUAACUGGGGCAACAGCAGCCCUAAAACUGGGUGUGAGUCACUCCUAGAAUUUAUUGAAACUUGAAAUUAUGACAAGGUUGGACUGUGAGCAAUAAAUCCAUCCAUUCCCCACUUCCUUCUAAGCACAGAGGGAGCAGGUCAGGAAAACUCAUUUGUCAGCAAACAGCUUCCCCUGGAGACAGUGACACUUGCAUGAGUAGCAAGACAUUGCUCUGACUCAUUUAUUCUUCAUACCAAGUACAACUGGCAUCAGUUUGUUGGAGUUUUUUUAUUCUAAUAUCAGGAAAUACAUUAAAUACCAACUGGUAUCUCUUACACUGAGCAGCAUGAAAUUAAUUCCAAGGACUGUGGUGCCAGCAAAUGUCCUUUGUGCCAGAGCCAUCACAAGUCAGGAAUACUUUGCUUUGCCAUGCACAACCUGCUGAGUGUAGGGACUUGCUUAAAAACCCAUAACCUUUUACCGAAAGAAGAAGAAAAAAAAAUCUACUUUAUUUUUACCUGAACAAUAAUAUAAAAUGUUUAAAAUCAGCUCUUAUCCCAGCAGGGCUGGGAUGGGCUCUGUCCUGUUUGCUCACUAUUGUUCACAGAAGCCUUGGACACAGGUGGAGCUGUGGAGAAGCUGCUGGGAGUAGGGAGCUGGAGGAGAAAGCCUGGAGCCUGAGCAGGGAAGCCUGGCAGCCUGCCCUUCCCUUGGAAAGGACAGAUCCUGUCCUAUGUACACAUUCACAAGUGUGUCCUGGCACAGGAGAGCUUCGGACAGAGCCUGGAAUUGUCUCAGUUCCACCAGUCUGGGAAGCAAACCAAGGACAAAGGACUGUGAAUUAUCUACAGGCAAGAACCAGGUGGCAGCUGUGGGCCAAGCCAGCAGGGAGCUCAGCCCCACAGCUCUUCUGUUCUCCCAAACUUGUAGAUCAGGGUGCUG